GUUUGUUUUUAUAUCUCCUAACGUUAACAUUAAAAAGAAUAUCCCCAACCAAAAAUGCCCUUAACAAAAUCUUGUUUAUCAGCACAUGAUCAGCAAGUUUUAGAAUCAAUAUUCAAUCCUCUGGAAUUAACUUCUUCUCUAGAAGCACAACUUAUUAAUCCAGAUUCUACUGAACCUUUAGUGGAUCAUGAUGAGGCACUUGGUUUUGAUGGAGAAAUAUUAAAGAAAUCUAAACAAUUGGAAAUAGAAGCAGUAAAAUUAGCUGAAGAACAAAAACUGGAGGAAGCUUUGGAGAAGUUUAAGGAAUCUUUAGAGCUGACACCCAAAAGGGCUUCUGUUUAUAAUAAUCGUGCACAGGCUUUAAGAUUAGCGGGAAAAGAUGAGGCCGCCUUUGACGACCUCAAUCAAGCUCUGGAGAAUUGUUUAAAUCAAGCCAAAUCCAAAUGUCAUGCCUUGUGUCAACGUGGCGUACUUUACCGCAAACAAAACAAAUUGGAUGAAGCUCGCCAAGAUUUCGAGGAAGCCGCCAAAAUGGGCAGUAAAUUUGCAAAACAGCAAUUGGUGGAAAUUAAUCCGUUUGCAGCUCUGUGCAAUCAAAUGUUAAGACAAGCUUUUCAACAAUUAGAAAAGUAACAGAAAGAGAGACAGAGUGAAAGAAGAGUAAUAAAUGAAAAGAGAGAGAGUUUAAUAGUUAAAGAAAAGGAAAUGAGUUUUAAUUACGAUUAUUACAAUAGAAUUAGAAAAGUGAUAUGGAGAUAUGAAGAAAUUUUUUAAAAAGAACGUUUAUAAUCAAAACAGGUUAAGUUGUAAUUGUAAUUAAGUUUGUUUUUAUUAGUUUAUAUUAAUUACGACACACAUGAAUUUUUUUAAAGAUAAAUUAAAUAAAUAAUUCAUUAAAUGUUCUUAUUGGCGUAAGCCACCUUUUAUUAUAUGUUAACGACAUUUUUCAUUUAAUUUUUAAAACUCCAAAAAAAAAAAAAAUAAAAACAAAUAUAACGGAAUAACGCCAAUAAAUACAACAAUAUAUCAUGUGAA